AUGAGAAGGCAGACUGCGACACUGCUUGCACCUCAAGCCCUUCCGACCGUAUGCCCCAGUAUCAGCAUGUCAUCUCAGUCAGAGCCUUACAUAGAAAGACGCAAUCGACAUCUUGCAAAUCUGCACUGUUCCUCAAGGGAAGAGGAAACAAGCAAUUCUAAUAAAGUUGUACUAACAUUCUUGUUUGAGCUGUGUGUCCAAGUUACAGCAACAUACAUUUACAAUUUCCUGCUAGAACACAGUAUGAGUACACAGUUUCUUCAAGAGAACAAUGUAUUCUCCCAAGAACAAUUGCAGUGGUCUACAGCUACAAAGGAAAGAAAUUUCAGUUGUACUCGUUGUCACAACACAUAUACUCGUCGGGACAACCUACUGCGUCACAUGCGAUUUGAGUGUGGUGUAGAGCCACAGUUUCAAUGCCCUGUUUGCUAUAAAAGGGCCAGGCAUAAAUAUCAUCUGAUUUCACACAUGAAAAGGCACAACAGGACAGUAUCUUUUGAGUAA